AUGAAUCCAAAUAACUUCAAUAAUAGAUUUCCUUUUAAUAAUCUAGUGUCAUCCGAUCCUGGUCAGCAGCAGGCAACUCAAAAUUUACAACACGGUCAGUUCAGUACCUCUGAGCUAAUUCCUGAUAGAUCAUUAACUGAUCUCCGAUCGACAUCUAAUCCAAAUGGCGCAGCUAUUCAAAACCAGCUACGAAGUAGUGGAAAUCAUAUGGCCUUUUUGAGGGAUCCUAAUAGUUUUACAACUGAUAAUAAUAAUGAUAAUAAUAAUAAUAAUGUUGCCCACUCAUUGCAAAACAGUAGUAAUAAUAUUAACAAUAACUUUAUUAAUCUCUCACAAUUAAAUUAUUUCAGUGACGAUUCUUUCUCAAACUUGGAUCCUUCAGACCUGGAGACAAUCAAUUUGUUUCAAAUUGUAUUGCAAGAGAAAGUAGAAAACUUUCUUAAUGAAAUAGAGAAUAGAAGACAUGCAAUAUUAGAUGAAAUUGAACUGGAUAAUAUGAAAUUAAGGCAAAUGGAACUUGCUGAGAACGCAACUGCCAUGAAUUUUUUGAAUAAACUACAAUGUAUAAGACUGAGGGCCAUUGAAGUGGAAACAAUGGAGUUACAAAAACUAAGAAUUAAAAUCAUGAACAUAGUAGAAGAAUAUAAAAGAGCCAUGGUACAUUACUCGAAGGCAAAAGCUGAAGGCAAAAAUGUAGAGAAUCCAACUGAUAAAUUUUACAACUGGGUGGAUACUUUGGUUUUAAACGAUGCAUCUCAUCUAACAGAUGGUUUACAGGAGGUAUCAAAUUACUCAAGACAACUGGUUCAAACUUUGCAAUCAGAAAUGUUCAAGCCAAAUGCGAGCUCAAAUACUUCGAGUUUAGUUUUCCCCUUACACCGUUUACCUUCAGAAAUAUUACACUUGGUUCUCGAUAAACUCAACUCAAAAUCAGAUACAGUUAACCUAUUAACAGUCUGUAAACUGUGGGCCUUGAUUAUUGUAAAAAUUCUUUAUUAUAGACCUCAUAUUAACAAAAAGCAACAAUUAGAUUUAUUUUUAAGAACGAUGAAAUUACACUCUAACAGAACGGUUUUUAAUUACCGUUUAAUGAUUAAAAGAUUAAAUUUCUCUUUUGUUGGCGAUUAUAUUCAUGAUGACGAGCUUCACUAUUUCAUUGGUUGUAACAAUCUAGAAAGAUUGACGUUGGUAUUUUGCAAGCAUAUUACAAGUGGUCCUGUUUCCGAAAUUUUGAAAGGUUGCAAAUUUCUGCAAAGUGUCGACAUAACUGGCAUCAAAGAAGUUAAAGAUAAUGUAUUUAACACGUUAGCUGACGGUUGUCCAAGAGUUCAGGGAUUCUACGUCCCCGUAGCUAAGGCUGUUAGCUUCCAAGCUUUGAAUAAUUUCGUUUUACAUGCUCCCAUGUUGAAAAGAGUAAAAAUCACCUCAAGUAAUACGAUGAAUGAUGAAUUGCUCAAUAUUUUAUCGGAUAAAUGUCCAAUGCUGGUUGAAGUCGACAUUACUGACUGUCCAAAUGUUCAUGAUGAUAGUCUGUUGAAGAUGUUCUCAAAAUUGACUCAAUUGAGGGAGUUCAGGAUUACGCAUAAUAUGAACAUAACAGACAAAUUAUUUGUGGAACUUUCUAAAAGUCUAAACAUGCUGCCUUCUUUAAGAUUGAUAGAUUUAUCGAAUUGUGAAAAUUUCACUGACAAGACUGUAGAAAAAAUUGUUGAUCUAGCACCCAAGCUAAGAAACAUAUUUUUGGGAAAAUGUAGUAGGAUUACAGAUAAUUCACUAUUUCAUCUAGCUAGACUAGGGAAAAAUCUACAAACAGUUCAUUUCGGUCACUGUUUCAAUAUAACAGAUCAAGGAGUCAGAGUGCUUGUUCAAUCAUGCCCAAGAAUACAGUACGUAGAUUUCGCAUGUUGUACGAACUUGACUAAUAGAACCUUAUACGAGCUUUCAGAUUUGAGUAAAUUGAAAAGAAUUGGUUUAGUCAAGUGCUCACAAAUGACCGAUGAAGGCUUACUGAACAUGAUUUCCUUGCGUGGAAGGAAUGAUAGCUUAGAGAGAGUCCACUUGUCAUAUUGUUCAAAUCUAACCAUUUAUCCUAUCUACGAACUGUUAAUGGCAUGUCCAAGACUUUCUCAUUUGUCACUAACUGCAGUCCCAUCAUUUUUGAGGCCUGAUAUUACUCAGUUUUGCAGGCCUGCUCCUAGUGAUUUUAGUGACAAUCAACGUCAAAUAUUUUGUGUCUUUUCCGGAAAAGGCGUACAUAAACUGCGUCAUUAUCUUAUGAGUCUAACUACACCAACAAAUGGUCCUCAAACUGAUAUCAAUGAGGUUCUAUCCAAGUACAUUGUUUCACAUAACUUACUUCAAUCAAAUGAAGGCUUGGAAACGGGAAUAUCGAGAAUUACAGGUGAGUUAAAUCAAGAUUCUGCAGCAAUAUUGGCGGCCGCUGGACUGUCGCAUAUUCCUGGACUGACAGCUGACAUGACCUUCCAAAAUAUCAAUUUCGAGCGAUUGGAUGAGGUGUUUAGCUGGUAUGAUAAUACAUAUAAGGGAGAGCUCAGCAUUAAUAAGGACGAGCUAAACAAUUUGAUGUCUCUUGUCGAUAAAAAGUUCAUUGAAGAUCCAUUUAAUAGUGAAUACGAUGAUAUUGACCCCGAAAUUGCAGCUGGAGCAAACAGAGAUCUGAAUAGUGAUAUGUGCCACAUUGUCAGAAGAUUUCACGAGCUGGAUGAGCAUAUUGAUGACUUUGAAGUCAAUGUCGCAAGUUUGGCUCGAGUGCAAUAUCAAUUUACAGGCUUUUUGCUCCAUGAAAUGGCCCAAACUUUUAUUCAAAUGGUGGAAUUGAAUAGAUUAAUCAACCUUGUACAAGAUAGAGUUUACGAGGCGAAAAUCGAGAGGGAUCUAAAAGGAUUAUACAUAUGGAGAAUAUUGUUUGCAGAUAAAUUCACCGAAUUGUUACAUAAAUUCAAAAUUUCGACUGUUGUACUAAGGCUAUAUUUAAAAGAUAGUAUUAUGCUCUUAACAAGACAAAGAGAAAUUGCCCUUGCAAAUGAGAGAAAUGUGUGGAAUAAUACAGAAACCAACAAUAAUAAUAUUAACUUGAAUAUGAACCUAAUGGGUGCUAUUGAUGAGUCCAAUAACGACAACGCCACAGCCAACAAUUUCACCCGCUUGAAUGAUCCAACGAGGGAGGGUGUUGGAUUCUGGCAACAACUAGGUGAAAGAGUGCCGUUAACUGCUGACCAGAUGAGAAUAAUCCAAUUUGGAAUACGAAACCCUCAAAACGACCAAAACGACCAAAAUCUGGGGCAAGAUGUUGUUAGUGAUGUACAAAUGGAAGAUCGUUCAGAAACUCCUGAUGAAGAGGAAGAAGCUUAA